AUGGUCGGCAUUGCUGGCAAGUCCAAGGCAUGCUAUGACUGUAAAAGGCGCCGAGUCAAGUGUGAUGUCACAUAUCCAACAUGCUUACGGUGCUCCAAAGUGGGAAUCGUAUGCCGUGGAUACCAGCAGUCAACAGUCUGGGUUCACAGGACUCAAACCCGUCCCAAUGUCUCGGCGCUUUCUGUCGUGAAAGGCGCAAAGUUGGAAGAACAAAGAAAGAAUGCCUUAGAGGAAGAAGACUCACUUAGUUCACUGCAUCGAAUGCGUGUUCAAGUCGAAGCGAGGGAAUCAUCAUAUGACAUAGCGACGUUUCGACUCCAAGCGCUGUCCAUUACUGAAAGGAUUUACUUUCCCGAGGCACGAUUAAGAAGAAACAACCAAGACUCGACUUCAACUCCUUCGUCAUGGCUUAAGGCUGUAUGCCAGAUGCAGAGACCUAGCGACCCGUUGGAUCAUUCCCUCAUAGCCUUCUGCGCUGUCCAGAUUCGCUUAUCUGGCGCAGACAUCUCGCACGACGAGACGGUCCAGCUGUACAACCAUGCUUUAUCUAAGAUCAUUGCUGUCCUGGGGAGUCCAUCAGAAGGAAACAGCGACGAGAUUCUUGCUGCCAUUGUUAUCCUUUCAACCUGCGAGUUGUUUCUUUUUCAUGCAAGCACCAGCUGGAAAGCACAUGCACAGGGAAUAUCCGAAAUACUUCGCCAUCGAGCUGUGUCUGACACAAACACCCAGAACUGGAGCGACCUCUGCCGACGUUUGUGCGUGAUUUGCGUUAUUCAAGCAAUGCUUCAAAAGCGCCCGCUUAUCCUUAAGCCUCAUAUCUGGCGGCAACACAUCACUCCUACGGCUACGGCAUCCUUCGGCGGCUUACUCGACCUGGCUAUCGACAUACCCUCAAUCAUGGCGGAAACUUAUGACUUGUCACACACCGAGUACAGCUUUGAGGAAUCACUUCCAUACAUAAAUCUCCUUAUGGAGAAGUUUUACACUAUUGACAGUUGGCGUGUCCUUCACAAUAAGACUACUUGGGAACAAAGCCGAACUCCUCUCUACUGGUCGGUUCCUGCCAAGGCUAGCAAUCCGACCGAUAGCUAUUAUGCAGACAAGCUGUUUCCAUUUGCACUUAUCUUUGAGUCUAUCGAAAGCGCCAGUUCUUGGAUAUUUGGCUCUACUAUGAUGCUUGAUAUCCUUAACACAAUCCUGCUUCUCCGUCCUAAUGCUACGCUGCCCCGUCUGGAUGGGAGUCUCGACGAUAGUAUUAUACUCAGUGUGCCGGAUACUGUUCAAUCAGAUGCUGAUAAAAUAGCCCGCUUGCUAUGCCAGGCUAUUGAAUACUGCUAUAGAACUGAGAAUGGCACAUUUGGUCCGCAGAUCACCUGUUAUGCUCAAGCCACGUUACGGACAUAUUUCUCACAUCGUGGGCUCCAUCGCGAGCUCGAUUGGUGUAAAGCUAUCUCGGAUAUGACUGGUCCCGGCGCAAGCUUUGGAAUUGGUUUAAUGCAGUUUACCCCGCUGUCUGUCUUGUAA